AUGUUCGACAAUAUUAGGUACAUGCAGUAUUUGUCUGCAUUCACUGCCACGACUGGGGUGAUGUCUGGAACUAUCUACAUGAAUUGGCCAUCACCGAUUUUAGAUGACCUGAUCAGCGAAAAUUCGCCAAUUGGAGUGACCAUGACUGAUGAGGAAGCUUCUUGGAUGGUCUCUGUAUUGUUACUGGCGGCACUCCCAGCUCCACCAUUCGUUGCGUUACUUCUGUGGAAGAUUGGAAGGAAAAGGACAUUGCAAAUUUCCGGACUAUUUCUGUUCUUUCCCUGGUUUUUAAUAAUCUUUGCAAAUGAUAAGUGGUACUUGUUUUUAGCUAGAUUAAUUGCAGGUUUUGGUAUUCCGAUGAUCACAGCUUCGUGCUCAAUUUACAAUGGCGAAAUAGCAGAUACUGAUAUCAGAGGAAAACUUGGUACAUUCAUCAAUUUAAUGAAGAUUGUAGGCUCUCUCAUAGUUCUCUCAGUAGGACCAUUCGUGUCUUACACAGUAAUAAGUUCGAUUUGCGCCGCAAUUCCUAUAGUAUUUCUUUCAACUUUCUCCUUUAUGCCUGAAUCACCCUAUCACCUAAUGAAGAUCGGUAAACCGGAUGAUGCAAAGAAAGCUUUAUACCGAUUGGCGGCUAAGAACGUGGAGGAAUCUCAGAUCGAGAAGAGAAUGCUUGAAAUUGAAACUACUCUAAAAAAGGAUGAGGAAAGUGUUGGUUUCGUUGAGUUCCUAACAAAGAAGCAGCACAGAAAGAUCAUCUUGUUGAUGCUUGGUUUAAAAAUGGUGCAGCAGAUGAGCGGCGCUGCUGCUAUUGAUUCCUACAUGCAAGAUAUCAUCGCUUCAUCAGAAAGUAGUUUGGAGCCUAAAUACUCGAGCAUCAUCUUUGGUGCAGUGCAAAUACCUGCAAGUAUUCUUGCGUUUCUGAUAGUUGAUAAGCUGGGCAGGAAACCGAUGCUUGUAAUAUCAGCCUUUGGUUGCGCUGUCGCUUUAAUAUCAGAGGGAGUGUACUUCUACUUGCAAGAUUACUUACAUUCUGAGGAUAUUCAAUCUCUGGGAUGGUUACCGGUCACUGCAUUGGUCCUUUUCCUCUUGAUGAGCAACUUCGGUAUCUUGAAUUUACCAUUCGUUCUUCUAGGAGAGAUGUUUGCUGAUAACGUGAAAGGAGUUGCGGUAUCUUUAGCCUCGUGUUUAGGUGCCUUCUUUGGAUUCAUAGUCUCGAAGAUUUUCAAUCCGGUGAAACAAGCUUUCGGUAUGUACACGAUCUUCUGGAUUUACGCAGGUUUCUGCGUGGCUGGAGGAAUUUUCGUGCUUUUAGCGUUACCAGAGACGAAAGGUAAAACCUUCGAUGAAAUCCAAGAUCAAUUCAACAACAUCAAAAUCAAGAAAGUUGAAGAGAAAAAUGGUGACGAGAAGGUUUAA